GCACAAGCACAACAAUGAAGCGAAAUCAAUUUAUUCUUCGAAAAUUACUUAGAUCCCAUUCUUGUUUAUAUUCUUCCACACCCCAUUCCAUUCAACCAACAAUCUCGCCAAAGCCUUUCUUCCUUCCCUCAGGAGAUCAUGGGCCAUCCCCAAAUCGAGAUGCCAGUUUCAUCGAAUCCAUCCAACAUCUCUGCCAACAGAAACGGUUGAAAGAUGUGAUUCCAUUGCUAGAAAAUCAAGUUUGCCCCCCUCCCGUGGCUUAUUCGAAAAUUCUGCAGCUGUGUAUUGAAAAGAGGGCUCUUGAUGAGGGCAAAAGGGUCCACGACCAUAUCAAUCGCUCGGGUUUCAAAGCCGGGGCUUUUAUCUCGAACAAGAUUCUUGAGCUGUAUUGCAAAUGUGGUAGUAUGUCGAAUGCCCGCAAGCUGUUUGAUGAAAUGGGUGAGAAGGAUUUGUGUUCUUGGAACACUUUGAUUUCGGGCUACGCGAGAAUGGGCAUGCUUUUAGAAGCGCGGGAGCUGUUCGAUGGAAUGUCUGAAAGAGACAACUUUUCAUGGACGGCCAUGAUUUCGGGUUACGUGAAGCAUAAACAACCUGCGCAUGCCUUGGAGCUCUACAGAUUAAUGCAGAGGAAUGAGAAUCUAAUGUGCAAUAAGUUCACCGUCUCUAGUGCUCUCGCGGCUUCUGCUGCCAUGCAGUCGUUGCGCUCGGGGAAAGAGAUUCACGGACGUAUAAUCAGAACAGGGUUGGAUUCUGAUGCCGUGGUUUCGAGUGCUCUGUUGGAUGUGUAUGGCAAGUGUGGGAGCCUAAACGAGGCGAGGUACAUUUUUGAUCGAGUACAAGGCAAAGACAUUGUGCUUUGGACAUCAAUGAUUGAUCGAUAUUUUGGAGAUGGGAGGUGGGAAGAUGGCCUUUCUUUGUUUUCUGAUUUCUUGCGUUGUGGGAUUCGCCCUAACGAGUACACGUUUGCAGGAGUUUUGAACGCGUGCGCUCGUCAAACUGCAGAGGAGUUAGGCAGGGAGGUUCACGGGCACAUGGUGCGGAUUGGAUUUGAUCUGUGCUCUUUUGCUGCUAGCACGCUCGUGCAUAUGUAUGCCAAGUGUGGUAGUGUGGAGAGAGCAGAUAAAGUGUUCAAGUUGCUGCCUAGGCCUUGUUUAGUCUCGUGGACCUCGUUGAUCAAUGGAUAUGCUCAAAAUGGGGAGCCCCAUGAAGCUCUUAAGCUGUUUGAUAUGCUGCUUAGGUCUGGCACUCAGCCUGAUCAUGUUACAUUUGUAGGUGUUCUAUCUGCUUGCACUCAUGCAGGUUUAGUCGAUAAAGGUCUUGAAUAUUUCCACUUGAUAAAGGAGAAACAUGGGCUGCUCCUCACAGCUGACCACUACGCUUGUGUGGUUGAUCUCUUGAGUCGUUCGGGCAGAUUCAAGGAAGCAGAAGAUAUCAUUCGUACAAUGCCUAUGAAACCCGACAAGUUUCUGUGGGCUUCCUUACUUGGUGGGUGCAGGAUUCAUGGAAACUAUGAAAUUGCAGAGAGAGCUGCUGAAACCUUGUUUGAGAUUGAACCGGAGAAUGCAGCUACUUACGUCACUCUUGCUAAUAUCUAUGCCACUGCAGGGAAGUGGGACGAAGUGGCGAAGGUGAGAGGACUGAUGGAUGAGAGAGGAGUGGUGAAGAAACCUGGGAUGAGUUGGGUUAAUGUCAACCGGAAGGUCCAUAUCUUCUUGGUUGGAGAUGAAUCCCAUCCGAAAUCCAAAGAGAUAUUCAAAUUCUUGGGUGAGAUCUCGAAGAAGAUGAAGGAAGAAGGGUUUGUCCCUCACACGAAUUAUGUGCUGCAUGAUGUAGAGGAAGAGCAGAAAGAGCAGAAUCUGUCCUACCAUAGUGAGAAACUUGCAGUGGCAUUCGGCAUCAUCAGCACUACUCCGGGAACUCUGGUCAAGGUUUUCAAGAACUUGAGAACCUGCGUGGACUGCCACACGGCCCUGAAGUUCGUGUCAAGGAUUGCUGAGAGGAAAAUAAUCGUACGGGACUCGAGUAGGUUCCAUUGUUUCGAGUCUGGGAGGUGUUCUUGCCAAGAUUACUGGUGAUCUCUCGCAUAUGGAGGGAGCAAAGUAUGCUUUCAUUUUUCCUGAAUGGGUUCAUAUUGGAAUUUCAUAUGCCUUAGAUGUGAAUUGUUGGGAUUGUCUGUGGUUUGAAGCUUGUUUUAUUACUCUUAUUACGUCUUUAUCUCAUUCAGAUAAUUAUAGAGAGUAGCUUAGUUCACUGGAAAACUGAAGUAUGAUUGUUACUUCUUUGAUGACGACUGCCGAUCCUUAGCUUUUUCUUUAAUAAAUAUUGGUCAUUCUUUGAUAGUUUUAUA